CACCGCCGAUCUAUAUAAACUUCGGCCUGGCACCGAGGCAGGCAGAAAGACCCUGUCUGACUCCCGAAGAAGAUGAACUGCAAGGUACUGCUUAUCCUGAGCUGUGCAGCCCUGGCUGUGGCAGACAGCAGAGAACGCUACUUCUAUCGCCCUCCUCGGUUCUCUGCCGAAGAUGCCUCGAGGGAAGCCAGCAGCAGCUCUGUUGAGGUUCGGCCUAUUGUCAGGUCUUCAGGGAGCAGUGAAGAGUUUGUCUAUCGUGCCCCUAGGGCAUCCUCUGAAGAGUCAUCCCGUGAAUCCUACGAAUCCAGCGAGGCCCAAUAUGCCUUCAACUACGCCGUGAAGGACGAGUCCUCAGAGAAUGACUUCGGCCACGCAGAAUCCCGCGAAGGAGACCACACCCAGGGAUCCUACUACGUCCACCUCCCCGAUUCCCGCCUCCAGAAGGUCACUUACCGUGUGGAGGGAGACUCAGGCUACGUUGCUGACGUCAGCUACGAGGGCGAGGCUCAGUUCCCCGAGUCCUACGAGCGCUACGAGUCCAAUGAGUCCGACGAAUCUUUUGAGGUUCGUCGCUACACUCCACCAAGGCGUGUAUUCACUGCUCGUGACUCCAAUGAAUCUGAUGAGUCCGUGGAGGUUCCUCGCUUCACUACUCCUCGUCCAAGGAGAGUCUAUUCAGCUCCUGACUCCGAUGAGUCUUUUGAAGCUCCCAGGAGAGUCUAUGCUGCCCCAGACUCCAAUGAAUCAUUCGAAGCUCCAAGGAUUGUGUACGGAGUCCCCGAUUCCAAUGAAUCUGUUGAGGCUCCAAGGAGAGUCUACGGAGUCCCCGACUCCAAUGAAUCUGUUGAGGCUCCAAGGAGAGCCUACGGAGUCCCAGACUCCAAUGAAUCCUUCUAGGUUCCUCGGUAUCUGCCUCCAAGGGAUUCUAACGAGUCCAAGCAAUAUAACGACAGGAUGGCGACUGCAAUUAAGAAACGAAUUUACUCUUAUUUAUAUCUUUAUUUAUUAUAAUUAUUACUUUAUUAAUAAGGAUGUAAACUGAAGCAAAAUAAAGUAAGAUGAAACUUA